CUCUGACGUCACGCUCCAGGAAAUUGCUGUAUGUACACAAUGGAUCUUCGAUGAAGUUAGUAAGAGCUUGUUGUUGUUUUUCUAAACGACAACUUAAGUUCAUAUCAAUGUAGCUUGUUCUGUAGCCUUUGCAUUUCAUCAAACGUUUUGGCGUAAUUUACUAUUUGUUUUCUCCUAAAUACUGACCGCUAGAUAGUUGAGCUAUAUGUAACGUUAGCUAGCUAGCGUUAGAUGAUUAGUUUCCAUCUACCCAAUUUCUCUCUAUAGCUCAAUGUGUUUUAAUAGAGUUACCUAGCUAAUGAUGUUCUCGGUUUGACUAACGAGUUAGAAUGGCAAACUAAGCCAGCCAGUCCUCGCAUAUUUAGCUAGCUAACUAGUGUGUUUGAUCGAUGGCACUGAUACUUCUGCUUUUGUCCGUUGGAGGAAGAUGACAGAGUAGGGGAAUGACGCGCUGACUGAGCCACCAGACCACAGCGGGAACCGCGACUGACUGACGGACAGAACAGCGAGGCAGAUAAAGAAGAGGAAGAAUGCCGAGGAGAAAACAGUCAAACCCACAGCCCGUGAAAUUAGACGGUGUGGAGUGUGAUCCAGGAUGCCUGGUUCUGGACAGUGACUUCCUGCUUAGUGGAGAGCUCUGUGAGUUUGGAGACACGGAGAUCAUGGGGCUGGACAGAGACACAGCUAUGACAGAGUUCUCUCUGAGUGAUGAAAGCUCCAGCCUUCCAGCUCCGGAUGACUCCACCUUCCCAGCAUUCCUCUCCUGUAAGGGGUGUGGUCAACUGAUUGGGGCCGACCUUGACCUAGGAGCGGGACUACACUUGGGGGUGGGACUCUACUGCACGACCUGUGAGGAGGACGUCCAAUCAGAAUCGCACACAGCCUUGGAGGAUACCUCACAAGGGGAGGAGUCAACCCCAGCUGUCCAAUCCCAUGCGGUGCAAGACAGGAAGAGAAGUAAGGCGGGAGAUGAAGAAGCCUGUAUGAAGGUGUACACAUGCUCUCUGUGUAGUUUCUCCUCUCGCUACUCCAACCAUCUAAAACGCCACAUGAGAACCCAUGAUGGAGAGAAGCCCUACCGCUGUCCCCACUGCCCCUACGCCUCUACACAGAGGGUCAACCUGCAGAGACACACACGCACACACACCGGGGAGAAGCCCUACCUCUGCAACGCCUGCAGCUAUGCCUGUAGUUCCCUGGGGAACCUGCGGAGGCACCAGCGCUCACACAGCCAGGAACCCCGUGCGCAACGCACACACACACUGAUGAGACGCAGCAGACGAAAACACACACACCGAGGAAACGCUGAAGUUAAGAGCACACAGUCAGAUGCCGUGGUGUCAGACCUGACAGUGUGUAUGAGGGAGGACUCUGAUUUCCUCCAGAACCUAGGUUCUCCCUCCUCCGCUCCCCUCCCUGACCUCCUCUUCCCCCUCUGCUGUCGCUCCUGUGGCCUCACCCUGGAGGGAGAAGGAGGAGAGACAGAGGGGGAGGGUGGAGGGCAGGUGUGUAAUAAAUGUUCUGAGUCUCUCAUCUCCAAGAAACCAGGGUCCCCCAGCCCCACUGACACACUCCAGUCAGAGGCCAGCAAGCUGUACCGCUGCCCUCUCUGCCCCUUCCUCUCCCUCUACCCCAACCACCUGGCCCGACACGCCCACACCCACAGCGGGGAGAAGCCCCACCGCUGCCCCCAGUGCCCCUACGCCUCGGCCCACCUGGACAACCUGAAACGCCACCUCCGGGUCCACACAGGGGAGAAGCCCUACCGCUGUCCCCAGUGCUCGUACGCCUGCGGGAACCUGGCCAAUCUGAGGCGCCAUGAGAGGAUUCACUCUGGAGCCAAGCCGUUCCACUGCUCUGUGUGUGGCUACAGCUGUAACCAGAGUAUGAACCUGAAGAGACACAUGUUGAGACACACGGGGGAGAAGCCGUACGGCUGUGCUGAGUGUGACUACACCACGGGACACUGGGACAACUACAAACGCCACCAGAGGAAACACGGACACAACACUGACAGCUGGGACAAACACACACACCAGGAUACUACAGCAGCAGACAGUUGGGACAAACACACACACCAGGACACUACAGCAGCAGACAGCUGGGACAAACACACACACCAGGACACUACAACAACACACAGCUGGGACAAACACACACACCAGGACACUACAACAACAGACAGCUGGGACAAACACACACACCAGGACACUACAACAACAGACAGCUGGGACAAACACACACACCAGGACACUACAGCAGCAGACAGCUGGGACAAACACACACACCAGGACACUACAGCAGCAGACAGCUGGGACAAACACACACACCAGGACACUACAGCAGCAGACAGCUGGGACAAACACACACACCAGGACACUACAACAACAGACAGCUGGGACAAACACACACACCAGGACACUACAGCAGCAGCAGCAGACAGCGAGGGCUGGACCACACAGGAGAAAACGGAGAAACACACCACCACCACAUACCACAGACCAACACUGGGUUCAAGAGACAGGGAUCCAUAGCCAGGGAGAGGUAUAGCUGGGGGGAGGAGGUGUGUGUUUAUUACACUGUUGACCCCUUCCUCUGUUCUCAGGCCUCAGAGGGGUGGGGCUUAUCUCAGGUGCCUUUAGAGGCGGAGCUACAUGAGCCAUCGUUCUGCAUGUGAAUGCUGCGCUGACCUUUACCUUGGGCGUUGAAGGGCAUGUGGGCGUGUGCCAUUCAAGAUUGAUCUUGUUUUUGAAUGGUAACAUGAUGUUUUUAAUUCAGUGGAUCCAAUGUUUGAAAUUAUGUUUUGAUUGAAUUGUAGCCCAUUUCAAAAAUCAGGUUUUGUGUGACAAAUAUAUAUAUUUUUUGUAAACUUCAAUGAACCGAAUUGUGAAAGUGUACACAUUUUUAUGAUUAUAUUUGAGUUAUUUUCUUAAUCAUUAUUUCAACAAUAUUUCACAGCUGAGUGCAAGGCUACUCAGAGAAUGUACAGGGCCACAGUAACUGUCUGUCUGCACACGCUGCCUUAUCCAUCUCUCCAAUCCUGAAGUAAAGACCUUAAACUGUU